UUUACGUCAGUUCCGUCCAGAGUCCCAUAGCUGAAGCCGAGCUCCCGAACAUGGGUUCUUUCCUGUCCCAGCCUGUGCAGCCGAUCAAGGUCCCUGCGCCUCCUGAGGCCACCAACUCCGCCGAGUCCCUGCCCCUCCCUGCACCUGGAGCGCCGACCUCUCCAGCGGAAGGCCCUCUAUUUAAUAACUGCUGGAGCUGUCGCGUGCUUUCAGGGGCGGGGCUGAUAGGGGCGGGCGGGUACGUGUACUGGGUGGCGCGGAGGCCCAUGAAGCUGGGAUACCCCCCUGGUCCAGGGACUAUUACACAGAUGGUCAUCGGCAUCAGCAUUGCUUGUUGGGGUGUAGUCAUCCUUUCAGACCCCAAAGGAAAGGCCUUCCGUGUUGAUUGAAAGUACUACCUAUGAAUUUGUCGUCAUCUGUCCAUGUCCCCAGGACACCAGAACAAGCAUGGGACUUAUGGAUGUUCUGGACAGACAAAUGGACAUUGACAGACUUCAGUCCUGAGGAUACUACAAGACUGAAAAGACAAAUGUGGGUUGUUAUUCUUUGGCCAUGAGUGUUGUGGCCGCUUUCUCAGGCUCCACAGGGAACAAUAAAUCCCUCAGAGAAGAGAAAAAGUUCUGUGUCUUAUCUGGUAUAAUAAUUAAAAAAAAAAAAAAAAAAGUUAAAAAUUUUUAAGUUAAAAAAAAAGAGGAAAUGAUAAACCAAGUUGGAAAAUGAACUAAACUAUUAUUUUAAAUAGUUCUCUGUACUUUUCCUAGUAUUGGGUCCACACCUAUUAACAGUCGAUUGGCAUCAUGCGAUGUGCAGAAGUACAUAAAACUUUUUAUCUGUGCACUGCUUGUAAUUUCCAAGGCGUUAUCAAAUAUAUCACCUUAUGAGAGUUUCAAAGCUACUCUAUUUCAUUGAUGGUAAGUGAAACUUAAAAAUAAUCCUGGUGAUUUGUCCAGGGUCAUUCAGCAAGUCAGUGGUGCAUCUAGGACUUGUUUAGUUCUCCUUCUAGUCUUUCAGAACUCGGAUGAUUCCAAAGAGGCAAGAAUUACCUUUAUGAAACAAAAAUCAGCAUAUAAUUAAAAGUACCAAAAAAAUUGAGAGAAAUUCACAUUUAUCAUUGAAAACAAAAACGUUUGGUUCUUUGUCCACAACCACUGGAAAUGUUUCUGUUAUGACAUUGACAUGCUUUUGAGAUAAUGACUUAAAAUUUGACAGUUCAUUUCUAAGAGAAGCCUGUGCUUCCUACCAGUUUUUUUUCAUUUCUGAUAUACCCUAGCUUCUCUAUAAAGUUAUACAUUGCUGUUUUUCAUAGCAGAAAGAUAGUCAAGUUAGCUGCCGAUCACAGUGUGUACGAUGUUGAGCAAGUCCCUUCAGAGCUGUUACUAGUAUGUAGAAGUGCCUGGAUCUAAUGCUGAAUGACUGUAUUCCCAACAUUUUUGGGGGGUUAAACCAAAAUACAUAAAUCUAACUUUUGGUCUUGGAUUGACCUACUGAAUAAAUAGAAUAACUUUUAAUAUAAUUUUAACAUCUCAGAAUUUGUACUAGUGUGUAAGCAAAUAAGAGUUUUUUCCAAAUAAACUUGCCUGCUCACUAGAGUAUUGCCAAGGUAUGUUUGGUUCUUCCCAACUUGGAGCUGUUUUACUAGGUUUGAGUAAAAUGAUUCUUUACUAUGUCUGUGGGCAUUUAAGUGGGAAUAACAC